AAAUAAAAUCGAACUUGCAUGCACAACUGUCUACGAUGGAACCACAUAUUUAUUUAAGCGCAACAAUAGGAAUACUAAUAGAAAACUCGCUUUUCCUCUUUUCUGUCUGCCUAGAAAUUUUGAUUUUCCUUCUUGCAGUCAAUCAUCACUGGCAUCCUUUUUGCCCUUAACAAUGUUUCGUAAAUCUGUUUCCAUUGAUUUAGUAGAGCCUACUGUUUGUUUACGAGGCGAUCCCAAAGAUAAGCAUGCUAUCAACAUUCUUCGUGGAGUGGUUCGCUUAAGGCUGCCACAUUCUCUUGUGGUUCAUGAUAUCGUCGUACAAUUUGUUGGUGUCUCCAAAACAUUGUGGCCUGAAGCUAUACAACAAUGGGAUAGACACAUUCUGGUAGACAUUGUAAUUCCAAUUUGUAAAGAUUCGGUCUUGCUCAAGAAAGGUAUACAUACUUUUCCAUUCGAAAUCCCAUUGUCCAAUGCUCUGUCAGAAUCGAUUGAAUGCGGACUAGGCAGUGUUCGCUACAAACUCCACUGCCAGGUGCAUGUGAAACCUAGGUUCCUGCUCGUAAAAUCUAUCCUUCAAACUCAGAGGCCUAUCGUCCUGGUUCGAUUGCCUAGCUUGGAAAAUCAACAACAAUGUAUCAUUCAAACACAUCUCAUCAAUGAAACAGGAGGGCAGCUUACACUCAUGUUAGAAAGAGCUCAUUUGAUUCCAGGAAUUAAUGUACCUAUAUCUCUCUAUUUUAAUCAACAAUGUAAUGUAUAUGCCGUGGAUCAAAUGGAUGUUAAACUAGUCGAGCGGCAGAAAUAUAGAGCUCCUUUAAAGCAAACGACCCGCAUUUUGCAUCAGGAAAUCACACUGUCGUCUUUUGUUAGUACUUUUGAAGUGGAUCAGUAUAAUAUUGAGAUGCAGUCUGUAUAUACACUACCGGAGAGGAAAUCGUUACGUUUACGCGCUUCGACAUCACACCCACAUAUUCGAGUUCGGCAUUGGAUCCAAAUAACCUUAAUAUUAAUUUUGCAAGAUGGUUCUCUUAAAGAACUGCAGAUGAAUAUGCCUGUUACUCUGUCACUGAAAGCUAUGGACGAUUAUCUGAACCUCCCGGUAUAUGAUCGACCGCCACGAGAGGAGGAAACAAACGAUGAUAUUGUACAUGGAGUGGAGGCAACAUCGAGAGAAACUACGUCCCACGAGUACAAUAACAAUGCAUAGUUUACAUAGCGAGAAUUUCAAUGAUCAUUGCUGCAAGAAACGAAAAUCAGUUCAAUUUAGCAGUUCUAUAAUGACUCUUUUGACUGCACCACCUCCAUCUUAUGAAGAUAGUGGAGUAAACCACCGAUAAGAACAACAGAUCUGUGAAUUGUUCAAAAUCAGCCUUAAUUACUCAACUGUAUAACAUAUUAUGCACUCGUUUGAAAACAAAAGAGAAUAAAGCCCUAUCUUAAUAAAAGAAGC